CCGGAGUGACACCAGAAACACAAAAUAUCAUCACCAGAUGUUUCGUUGCAAGCUGUUAUGACGCUGUGCUUCAAAAAACGGACAUACCAGUUUGGUUGUUUAGUAAUUGCUGGUAUUGCACUUUUACUAAUAGUCGACAAAUUUCUAAUACAGCCGUUGAAAAUAAAACUCUUGAAAAAGAAACAAAUUCAAGAAUCUGGAUUUAACAAGAAGAAAAUAGCAUUUGGAACGACAUAUUUCGGUGAUUCAACUUGGUUCGAUUACGGUAGUUCAGGAUUUGAUAAAUGCGAGUUUUCAAAUUGUACAUACUUUAAGAACAUACAACUUGCAGAUGCUGUCCUCUUUCAUGGUUUUGAUAUUCAUAGUAGAAACCAGAUACAAGGAAUCAGUAGACCAAAUGACCAAAUAUGGAUUUAUUAUAGUAUAGAAUCGCCUUAUUCGGAUCCAAUUGAUCAAUCAGCAUUGAAUGGGAUAUUUAAUUGGACAUGUACAUAUCGAUCCACAUCGGAUAUACACAUGCCUUAUGGAUAUGUUACGAAAAAAUCAAUUCCUCUGUCUAAUCCAUCAGAGAUAUUUUUAUCAAAAAAGACGAAACUUGCUGUUAUAGCGUCAAGCCAUUGUGGCACUAUUCCUAGCGGGAGAUGGGAGUACAUCGCAGAACUCCAAAAAUACAUGUCAAUCGAUGUUUUUGGCAAAUGUGGCAAAACACCAACUUGUGGUAGAUUUGAUUGUGUUCAGCAAUUUGCAAAAGAAUACAAGUUUUAUUUAUCAUUUGAAAAUGCCAAAUGCAAGGAGUAUAUCACAGAAAAACUGUUCCUAAAUGCCUACCUUAGUAACAUGGUCCCCAUUGUAUUGGGUGGAUACACUAGGCAAGACUAUGAGCGAAUAGCACCUCCCGAUUCUUUUAUAUACUCAGGGGAUUACAAAAAUGCAUCCAUUCUCGCAGCGUAUAUACAAUCACUGGAUAAGGACGAUUCAAAAUAUUUGGAUUAUUUUAAGUGGAGGCAAUAUUAUGAUGUAACAAGCGCAAGUGAUAACCCUGCGUGCUUGUUAUGUAAGGCGCUACACAAUAAAAAAUUGGUGGCUCAAAAAAGAAUCGUAAACAAUCUACACAAUUUGAGAAACAAGACUGCUGAAUGUCUUUCAUCCAAUAGCAACAGUUUAAUGACUGGCUUAAAUAGUUAUCUUUACAGCAUUGUCACAAUGAUAUUUUUUGCUAUGGGAAUAUGCUCUUAUAUUAUCACGGACCGAUGGAAUUAGGUGAUCAUGACCUUUGACUUCAUUCGGCAGGCCGAUGUUUGUCCAUUCCAGAGUGAUGCAUCACCAUGGGAGAUAUUUAUGUUGAUGACCACUUGAACAUUACUGGCAAUUUUGUCUAUUAGGCUUAACUAUAUAGAAAUGACAAGUAUUAAAGGGACAAGAUGGGCAGGGGUUUCAAUGAAUAUUUUUUCAACAGGAUUUUGGCAAUUUCAACAGGGAUUGGGGGAUAGAGACAAAUUGAGAGUAGGUUUCGAAAAAUUUGUCACGCUUUUACAUUUUUUACUGUUAUCCCUGGCUGUUAUCAUUUUAUGUUAUGUCAUUUUUCGGAAAAUCCCAACAGUUCUGAUCUGGGUUUUUGACAGGUUUUCAGAUGAACGGGUUAUUUCUGUAUAACUAUCACAAUAACAAAAGUUUUAAUUGUCAGAAUGUAUGCAAAAAUGAUUGUUCUAAAAUGUUCAGUCAAGAAAGUUUUCUAGAAAAAUGUCUAUCAGUUCUAAGAAUUUCCUUAAUACAUGUCAUAUGUCAAGUGGUCACCACAAGAAGUAGUUCAACAAGUUAAACCUAGUC